AUGUCUUCCUCUGAUGGCGCAGUGUUUGGACAGAUGUCGAGGCACUUUAUAGAGUUGAGGAACCAAUAUUUGAACAAAUACUUGACGGAAGGAAUACUUUAUACUGACAAAUCAUUUGAUAAGUUUUCAACAAGAGACAGCAAUAGAUCGACAAAAAGUGUCCGCUGGUUGAGACCUCAUGAAAUAUGCAAACAGUUGCAUUUGCCACAACCAGUUUUCAUUGAUAAUGGUAUGAGUAUCACUGAUGUCAGUCAGGGAGAGAUCUCUAAUUGUUGGUUUGUGGCGGUGAUAGCCUGCUUGUCAACGCUGGACAACGUGCUGGAGAAGUACGUACCUCCAGGGCAAGAUUUUGACCAGUUUUAUUCUGGUUGCUUUUGCUUCCACAUUGGCUGUGAGAACAAUUUUACGGAAGUUAUUGUUGAUGAUCUUUUGCCGGUGGAUGAGAACGGGAAUUUGAUAUACGGACGCAACAAGCAAGACAGAAACGAAUUCUGGUUUCCACUUUUUGAGAAAGCCUAUGCUAAUCACAUAGGUGGUUACAAGAACAUGGUGGAGAGUAGGAUGUCCAGGGGUCUGGAAGACCUAACGAAGGGUGUAGUCAACGAGAUCUCCCUCUACCCCAGCAUGACUACCGAUGUCUUUGAUGAUUGGAAGGGUCUCAUGAACUGUGGAUUUUUGUUCCUGGCUUAUAUUGAGUCCAGAGACAGGUCACAAUGGACAAAGGAAGAGGAUCUUAUGAAUGGACUGGUCAGAGGUCAUGCUUACAGUAUAACUUUCAUGUAUUCGAUGGAUUCCGACAAGAGCGAUCGAGUCCUUCGACUGAUGCAGCUGAAGAACCCGUGGGGAAAGAAGGAAUGGAAUGGCGCCUGGAGUGAUGAGUAA